ACGGCCUCCUCCUCCGCUUCUCCCUCGAUCUUUUCUGUUCUUCUUGUACUCAGCAUCGCCUCCUCCUUCAGCAAUCGACCUCAUCUACUCUCUCCGCUCCUCCUCAUACAUACUCUUUUUUUAAUUCACCUCCCUGACGAAUCUUUAAUCUCCUCCAUUCAUCAUGUCUAACCCUCCUCAUGGUGGUGUCCUCAAGGACCUCUUCGCCAGAGAUCUCCCCCGCCACGAUGAGCUCGCUGCUGAAGCCGAGAAACUUCCUGCCCUUACCCUUACUGAGCGUCAGAUCUGUGAUCUUGAGCUCAUCCUCAACGGUGGCUUCUCUCCCCUGGAGGGCUUCAUGAACGAGAAGGACUACAAUGGGUGCGUACUUGGGAGUGCUGGGGAGAAAAUAUGCUAUCUCGUACUAUGUACUGACUCCGAUUCAACAGUGUCUGCGCUGAGUCCCGUCUCGCUGACGGAAACCUCUUCCCCAUGCCAAUCAACCUCGACGUCACCAAGGAGAACAUUGAGGAGAUGGGAAUCAAGCCUGGUGCUCGUAUCACUCUCCGUGACUUCCGUGAUGAGAACAACAUUGCCAUCAUCACCGUCGAGGACGUCUACCAGCCUGACAAGUAAGUUCUGAAACACUUGCAGCUUUAACAAGAUCUGAUAAUGAGACCCCUGCUAACCCCUGCCAAUAGGAAGAAGGAGGGUGAACUUGUCUUCGGUGGAGACCCAGAGCACCCUGCUAUCAUCUACCUCAACAACACCACCAAGGACUUCUAUGUCGGUGGUAAGCUCGAGGCCGUCAACAAGCUCAACCACUACGACUAUGUCGGUCUUCGAUUCACCCCUGCUGAGCUCCGCGCUCACUUCGACAAGCUUGGCUGGACCAAGGUUGUUGCUUUCCAGACCCGUAACCCCAUGCACCGAGCUCACCGUGAGUUGACCGUCCGCGCUGCUCGUGCCCGUCAGGCCAACGUCCUUAUCCACCCAACUGUUGGUCUCACCAAGCCUGGUGACAUUGACCACUUCACCCGUGUCCGUGUCUAUGAGGCUCUCCUCCCCCGUUACCCUAACGGCAUGGCCGCUCUCGGUCUCUUGCCCCUUGCCAUGAGAAUGGGUGGUCCCCGUGAGGCCCUCUGGCACGCUAUCAUCCGUAAGAACCACGGAUGCACUCACUUUAUCGUUGGCCGUGAUCAUGCUGGUCCAGGAAAGAACUCUGCUGGUCAGGAAAUGUACGGCCCAUACGACGCCCAGCACCUCGUUGAGAAGUACCGUGAUGAGCUCGGUAUCGAGGUCGUUGAGUUCCAGAUGCUUACCUACCUCCCUGACUCUGACGAGUACCGCCCACACGACCAGGUUCCAGAGGGUACCAAGACCCUCAACAUCUCCGGAACUGAGCUCCGCAAGCGUCUCCGCACCGGUGCCAGCAUUCCCGAGUGGUUCUCUUACCCUGAGGUCGUUAAGGUCCUCCGUGACUCCAACCCCCCUCGUGCCAAGCAAGGCUUCACCAUCUUCCUCACUGGCUACCUCAACUCUGGUAAGGCCGCCAUUGCCCGUGCUCUCCAAGUCACCCUCAACCAGCAGGGAGGUCGCCCAGUCUCUCUCCUUCUCGGAGACACUGUUCGUCACGAGCUUUCCUCUGAGCUCGGCUUCUCCCGUGAGGACCGUGACAAGAACAUCCAGCGUAUCGCCUUCGUUGCCUCUGAACUCACCAAGGCCGGUGCCGCUGUCAUUGCUGCUCCCAUUGCUCCCUACGCCCAUUCUCGUGAUGCUGCCCGCACCACCAUCUCCAGCAAGGGCUCUUUCUUCCUCAUCCACGUUGCCACCUCUCUCGAGUACGCCGAGAAGACUGACAAGCGUGGUGUCUAUGCCCGUGCCCGCCGUGGUGAGAUCCAGGGCUUCACCGGUGUUGAUGACCCAUAUGAGGCUCCCACCAACGCUGACCUCACCGUCGACAUUGAGAAGCAGUCCGUCCGCUCCAUCGUUCACGAGAUCAUCCUCAUGCUCGAGUCCCAGGGCUUCCUCGAGAGAUCUUAAAUGUCUCUCCGUAGCCUUUAUACUUCUCCACCUACUUCUCCGUCUCCUCCUCUUAUAUCCCUCCAAAUCCCGUUAUAGAUUUUUCCUUUCCUUAUCCUCCAUUCAACGGAGCUAGUAUCCGUUGUCCACCUUUUCCUCUACAUAUACCUAUUGACACCCAAAGAAUGUACACAUAACUCUAGUAUUGCUUGGGACUUGGAUGUCGUACCAUACGACAAUUUUUACGUGAAUUGACAUACAUGAUGGCAAUUGCGAUGUGGUGUUUGAUUUCCUAGUGUUAUAUUUUCCUUUGUUGAACCCCCUAUGUUUAUAUGAUAGACUUGGAAAAUAGCUGAAUGAGAAAAUCAUUAUUUAUAAUAUAUUCUUCACAGUAGACAGAUAGACUGCAAGAAAUGCAUUUCUUGCAGUCUAACAUUUAUGACAUCCAUUCAAGAGUGAUGGCUGGUGAUGCAUCUCCUCUAAUUCUACUAGAAUCUGGUAAAGACGAGAGAUUCCCAUAUACCAUUGAAGCAAUGAUUGCCGUAGUCUUUGACUUAGGGAGUACUAGAAAGACAUCCAAAUAGUGUGACAUUGUAUAAAAGCAAGCAGUAAGAAUGAAAAAAAAAAUGCAGUGAUUUCCUGCGUAAUAGUCUUGUCCUUUGGAGCUUCUUUUCAAAUACCACACUUUUACCCCCCCUGCAGAUCAGAUCUCUGCCAUUCAUAUGUAAAAGGCCUGUUCAACAUUCCUACCUCGAGUGCUAAGUAGUCCGCCAUUGCCGUAUAUGCCUAAACAGAUUGAAUCCCGGUGUCAAUCAAUUGGGCUGCACGGUUAAACC